CCAUAUAACCGUAAAUAAAAUGUGUUGAGUGCGUCGUUAAAUAAAACAUGUCCUUCCUUGUUAACUAAUGCUGUAUCUCAGAGGCAGCGUUCUCACUUGAGAUGCGAGUUCCUGUAGGGUAACCUGUAUAGAUCAUAUCCCAGUGGAUAAACUAUCUCGUUUUCCUCUAUUCCAGCAAUUGCUCUACGGCUGGUAUUCUGCCUGUGGGAAAGCAGAUAUAAAAUAUUCUACGCUGGCAAUCUGUCAGAGUAGUCCACAUGGUGUCGCAAUAACAACAUGUUAGACUUAUAAGUAGCCGGUGAUUAAACACUGUGCUGGGGUGUCAUUAAAUACACAUUCCUUUCUUACUGGAUUAUUUUAAAAAGUGUCCUCGACCAUCAUAUUCACACCAUAGCUGCAGAUGUUUCUGACUGGAUCAUCUUUUCUAUCAUUUUAAAAGUAGUGUGGAAGAAACAUUGAGGCUAUGAGAACGGUGUCGCCACUACAGCUACCACCUCGACCUCUAUCACAUGCAGCACCUUAACCUCCAUCAUACCUAGCACCUUAACCUUCACCAUACCUAGCACCUUAAAUUCCAUCAUACCCAACACCUUAACCUCUAUCACACCCAGUACCUCAACCUCCAUCAUACCCAGCACCUUAACUUCGACCAUACCCAACACCGUAACUUCUAUCAUACCCAGCACCUUAACCUCUACCAUACCAGCACCUUAACCUCCGCCAUACCUAGCACCUUAACCUCUAUCAUACCAGCACCUUAACCUCCACCGUACACAACACCUUAACCUCUAUCACAUCCAGCACCUUAACCUCUAUCACAUCCAGCACCUUAACCUCCAUCAUACCCAGCACCUUAACAUCCACUACAUCCAGCUCCUUAACCUCUAUCAUGUCCAGCACCUUAACCUCCAUCAUACCCAGCACCUCAACCUCCGUCAUACCUAGCACCUUAACCUCCAUCAUACCCAGCACCUUAACUUCGACCAUACCCAACACCGUAACUUCUAUCAUACCCAGCACCUUAACCUCCACCAUAACCAGCACCGUAACCUCCCCACAAACAGUACUGACCCUUCACUACAAGCAGCACCUCGACCUCAAGCUCCACACAACUAACACCUCAACCUCCACCACGACCACUACAUCCGCCUCCAAUACAACAAGUAUCUCAACCUCCACCACUCAAUCUCGAUCACAACCAGUACCGCAACCUCUACUACAACCAGUACGUCAACCUGAAUCACAACCAAUGCCUCAACAUCCACCACAACCAGCACCUCAACCUCCAUCACAACCUCAACCUCGAUCACCACAAUCACCUCAACUCCAUGACCUCAACCUCAAUCACAACCAGCACCUCAUCUUCCACCACAAGAAGCACAGCAACCUUUGCCACAACCAGUACUUCAGCCUCCGCCACAACUAACACCUCAAACUCCAACACGACCAGAACCUCAAUCUCCAGCACAACCAGUACCUCAACCUCCACCAGUAUUUCAACCUAAAUCACAACCAAUGCCUCAACCUCCAGCGCAACCAGCACCUCCACCUCCACCAGUACUUCAACCUGAAUCACAACCAAUGCCUCAACCUC